CGGCUGCUCUGAAUCUAGAAGUAACAGGAUCAGAUCAUUAAUCGGGGAGAUGAGCACAACAGAUGGCCUACCAAUAAGCAUCAUUGAAAACCAGGGAUUCAGGAGUUUGAUGGGAUAUCUGGAACCAGGGUAUCAAGUGCCAUGUCGCAAAACAAUGUCUGCUGCCAUUAAGACUGUGUACAAUAUAGAGAAAGAUAAUCUGAUGACACAACUGGAAGAGGCAUCAGACGUUGCCUUGACAACAGACUGUUGGACGAGUUGCAUUAUGGAGGGCUAUAUGACGGUGACAUGUUAUUUCUCCCAAAAUGACAAACUUAUUUCUCAAGUUUUGGACACCUCGCCGGUUCAACAUCUCCCAGAGGAUGACAGUGGGGCUCAGCGUCACACGGCUGAAGCUCUCCCAAAUCGGCUGUCCCUCGUCGCCAACGAAAGGAACAUUUUAGACAAAGUUUGCGGAGUGGUCCAAUGACAACGCUGCGAAAACGAGGCACAUUCGUGUAAUGUACAAUGUGCUGCUCACUCUCUUCAGUUGAGUGUGAACAAGGGGAUUUCAAUGCUAAGGGUAACUGCUCUCGUUGGUGCUGUAAACAGACUUGUCAGUCACUUCCGCCGUUCCACUGUCGCUACUAAGACAUUAGAAUCGAAGCAAGCAAGCAUGGAUCUCGAGGUGAACAGAUUAAUUGUGUCGUGUCUAACUAGAUGGAAUUCGGUCUACAUGCUGGAGCGUUUAGUAAGAAACAGAUGGGCAAUCUGUGCUGUUCUUAGCGGCAGAAAAUAUACAAAGCAACAUCAGGAUGCCCAAACUCUUCAGCUGAAAGAUGACAGUAGGGAUCUUAUGGAGCAGUUGGUGAAAUGUCUCAAGCUGUGUCAAAACUACAUUCUGCCAUUAAAGGCUAGUCAAGCAGAUUUAGAACAUUACACUGUAUAACUGCAGCAUGCCAGUAUUCAAGCUGUGGAGUGCCAACCGCCUUGAAAAAAAGAUGGCUGUGGCGAACACAUAUGAAGAACUCUGCGAAAAAGCUAAAGUGAAGCUUGGGAAGGCAGGAAUUGAGGGAAUCGUGCUGGAGGAGGAUGACACUGAAAUCGACGACGACGAGGUUCUGCUGGAUUGUAGCAAUUCUACCUUGAUGGUUUUAGAGGAGGGAGAGCACUGGGAAUUGAGGGGUGAAGCAGAGCAAAGAGUGGAAAAUCUACAUUUGACAGGUGCAGCAGCAGGAGGAGAUAGCGAUAACUUCAGACUCCAAGAAAUUGAACAAAGUUCACAAAAAGCUAAUGACACUGAACGGCGGAUUACUGCAGGAACGCCACUACCACCUUUCAGCCAACGAGUACUACGACACCUAGAGAUUGGCAAGGAGUAUGUGAUUUGGAAAGAACUGAUCUCAGAAGCUGCCAAUUACCAUAUUACAGAAUUUCCAACCAUCAACUCCUCCACCGAGCAUGCCAAGAUUGGGCAGAAAAUAUACUCGCAGUACCCUACAAUACGAUGUGAAGGGGAACACCAGUGGUCCUUCUUCACAAAAUGUCUCAGUCAGAAAAUACGGCAUAUCAGAUGGCAACAGAAAAAGAAGACGAAUCUAAAAACAGAACCAGAUCAAGGAAAGGUAAAGAGAACCAAUGUGAAUGAUCAGGCUGGAAUGGCAAAACGAGCGCGAUGUGCUCAAAUGGCUCAAGAAAACACUGUGACAGAUGACAGUGCAGAUCAGUGUCUCAAGGAACUUUCAAAAGAGUGGACCAAGCCUGCAAAAAAAAGGUGCUUGGGACAUAUCCAUCUUCUGCUGGAAAAGACAUUUGCAACGAAUCAGAAAUGGAUAAUGUCUCUUCCUGAUGCCCAAGUAGAGCCCAUAUUGAAGCGAAUCCCAUGCUACAGUGAUGGAAGAAUGAUUCUCCAUGACUUUCAGCUCUUAAGAGGACGUGACUCAUUAGAGGAACUGGAAUCUUGUCUUCAAAAGUUCAUGAGAGCCAUUGAAGAACUCAAGAGUACUGGCAGCAAAGAGGGACCACUGGAAUUGCUUCCCCUUAUCCAGUACAUCGAAAAAAAGACGGCAUUUGACAGGGGAAAAGGGAGUAAAACUGAAGCUGUCAUCUCAAUCAAAAAGGAAGUUCCUGAUGAGGACGUGGAAGCCCACAUGACAAGUGGCAAGAAAGAGCCGCCUCGACUGGUCAUCUUUGUUACCGGAGAGGAAGAUGUGACUGGAUGUUUCAUCGUAUCUGAUGAGGUCACAAUUGAUUGCAAAGUUACAAAUCUCACCAAGGCAUUCAUGCAGCUUAUCGCUGCAUACUACAUUUUCAACCUCGAAUAUCCGAAGAUGUAUUCGCAGCUGCUGGGUCUAGUGCAGAGCUAUGUGCUCAAGGAACCAUACAACGGCCAAAAGAGUUCCAAGUAUAGAAACUUUGAGGUUCUCCUCCGACAGCAGUUGGGGAUGCAGUAGAUUUAGACAGCCUGGGGUAUUUUGAAGUGGCACUGUAUAACACAUCAGUCUUUGCCGGAUCCUUGCAUCUAUUUUUCCAUAGCUUACAUUUGAAUACACUGAUUUUAUGAUUUUUGGUUUUCGGUCAUGAUUCUGAAAUGGUAUCUGGCAAGUGCCCUCAGCCACUGAUAAACAGGGAAGAAUUGCUAUUUCGAAAGUUCGCCUCUAUAUCGGACAGCUUUAUUUCCUUAGAUAUACAUAUUUGACCGCAGGUGAUUCUCGAUGUUCAAAGGCCAUAAAAAAAUCAUGCUUCUUAUUGCGAAAUGAGCAUAUUCAAAUAUAUGCUAUGGAAAAAAAAACGAGAAAACCCCCCAUAGACUUUCAUGUCAUAAAGUGCCGCUUACCCCCCCCCCCCCCCAUAAUACAUUACCCUAUGGGGAAAUCCCUUCAAUUAUUUGCUCUCACUCCUAGUUCACCACAUAAAAUCUGCCAGACGAUGGUUUUCUAAUAUUGGGGAAAAUAAGGAUUCUGGCCAGAUACCUGACAAACAGUAACCAAACCAGCUAGGCUAGGCCCUGUAGAGCUCAUAAACAUAGUAUAAGUGCAUCCCACAAAUGAUGUGAUUCUUAGUCAAAUUUCUCCCACAAAUGCAAUAUUACUACAUUUGUGAGAGAAAUUUGACUAUUAAAGAACUGCUACAUUUGUUGGAAGCAAUUUUUUUUGUCAAAUUACUACAUUGGUGGGAGAAUUAAGAUUUGUGGGAGGGUGUUACUACAUAUGUGGGCAUAAUGUACAUGUUUAUCACACACUAACUGGUCAUCUUUGUAAUACCUGAGAGGAAGAUGUGACUGGAUGUUUCAUCAUAUCUGAUGAGGUCACAAUUGACUGCAAAGUUACAAAUCUCACCAAUUCAUGCAGCUUAGCGCUGCAUACUAUGUCUUCAACCUCGAAUAUCCGAAGAUGUAUUCGCAGCUAGUGAAAGAAUGGAAAUAAUUCCUAUAUUUUACCAUCUAAUCAGUAUAAAGGAUUUGUGUGGAAUCUUCCUGAAAAUAAGGAAUUGGUCCCAAGUCAUGUGUGGGGGGGGGGCACUAGGAUCUUUUGUGACUGACAAGGUUGUGCCUCGGUCAACCUCCGAAAAACACCCAAAACACAGACCUACCACACAUAUGCACACACCCUACACACACACACACACACACAAGACAAUCAUUUAUGCAAUCAUUUCAAGACCCUAUAUUUUGCCCUUGCAGGCAGUUCUUCAGACUGCAAUUUGGAGGGUAGCUGAGGCACAACCUUGUCAAUAAAAAGAUAGUAGUCACGCCCCCCCCCCCACAUUCUUCUCAUUUGAUCGCUUCUCCAAAAACACAUGUACACUUUACAGUCACCCAGCUUCAUUCUGUGUGCAUUCGAUCCUCAUUUGUUCCCUUUUCGUGGUUUUUUUUUUCCACAGACGUAAAUCUGUUAGAAUUUUUUUCAUCGGAUGAAAAGAAUUAUAUCACAGAUGAUGGCAGUGUUUUUGUUUUUCCUUUUCCAGCAACGUUCGGUGGUUUCUGUUUUACAGAAAGUUACAGUUUUGUGCAUACACAUGUCCAUCUGUUGACGAAAACCACCGAACAUCGGCAGUAAAGGAAUGGGGGUAGGGGGAUGGAAAUGGAACGAAUGAACCGCUGUAGUGUGACAAGCGCUUAUAAGCUGUUGACACUUCAUGGUCCCUUUUUAAAAAUCCUUGUGUGCAUUUUACAUUUCAUGCCUAAUUCAUAUUGCAUUUAAAAGAUUUACAUUGUCAGUAUUGAAUGUACAUGUAUUUUAUAGUGUGAUUAAUCAAUUGGUCAAGUCAAAACCUUACUAAGAUUUAAGCCCAUGUUCAUUAUCAGCAAGUGAAAGUAUUAUGUGCACAUAAUCAAAAGUCUCAUUUAAUUUCUAGGAGUAUUGAAGUUGUUCUUUCUACAUUGUUCUCUCCAGUAUGCAAAAUACUUGGUCCAAACUAUAGUGUAAAGUUUAGAAGGGGCAAGCACCAAGUGUAAUCAAGUGCAAACUUUAAACUCUUGUACACAUUUCAUUGGAGGGUACCAAGAGUAAAUUUUGAUAAUCCCCAGUAUAAUGUUUUCAAGUAGCUUAAUUUGCUUAAUUUCCAUCACAUGCAAGAAAAGCCAUAAAGAGAUCAGUGUUGUUUUGAAUAAAUUAAAUGGAGCAAAUGAUGCUUCCAUUGGCAAAAUUCAAAUUUUGAUGAAAAAAGCACUAGUUUUUUUAUCAGUUACUGUGUUGCUCAGAGACAUUAAGGAAAAUUUUGAAUUGUGAUUUUCCAUAUUUUGGCUUUCAAAUGUUCUCAUUAUGCUAAUCCUUGCAAUGCCCUUGUACAUUGAAAUGUUUUUCCCUAUUUCAUUAAUAUUAUCAAAUGAAAUUUAAGUUUCAUGUUUUCAAGAACAAGGUAAUAUAUACUGUGUGAUGCACGUCAGUGAUUGGAAUGAUUUUGAAUUGUGAUUUUCCAUAUUUUGGCUUUCACAUGUUCUCACUAUGCAAAUCCUUGCAAUACCCUUGUAUAUAGAAUUUUUCCCCCCAUUUCAUUAAUAUUAUCAAAUGAAAUUUGAUUUGCAUGUAUUCAAGAACAAGGUAAUAUAACUUGUGUGAUGCAUGAUUGGAAUCAUUUUGAUUUAAAUGAUUUAUUUCAAUACAGUACAAUCCAAUAUGGAAUAUUCAUAUAGGGCUUAAGCAAACAAAUUGAUCUAAGCGCUCUACAAUCAUUUUAAAUGUUACACAAUAUGAGAACUUCAUAAAAGUUUACCAGACAUUGUUGUAACAUUCCCGAUUAUUGUAACUUCCAUGGAGGCAACCAAUCAGCAUACAGCAUUACAGCUAUUGCCAUGAUAUUUACAGUACAUGGAGAAUUACAACAGUUGGAAAAGUUUAUGACACGGCACCUUCUAACUGUUGCUAAAGCAAAAGAUAUUGAAAAGUAUAUGGGCCUUGAACUCUGUUGGUUGACUUAUAAUUCAUCUCGACAGUGAGCUAUCAAUAGCAAUUCUGAGAUUCAAGAAAAUUUUACUUCACGACUCAGGAAAAUUUUGAAUUGUAAAUUUCCCUACAGUGGACCUCACAUCCCUGCAGUGCCCUUUCUUAAUGUUUCUCAAUAUUCCAUUUAUAUAUGUUUUUUUUUUCUUUCAUGAAUCAAGUGUGAAGAAUUAUGUCAACUCAUAAAGAAAAUUAGCCAAAAUCUUGGUUUUGAUCAAGUAGUUUUUGUUUUGGCACACCAUGUAUAUAUAAUCUAGUGUAGUAGGUUUCACGGUACACCAUGUAUUCUUUCUUGGGCAUAUGUUGGUCCUGAAAAGGACCACCCAAUCUCGACGUUUCGACAAGUGUGUUCUUGUCGUCCUCAGGAGAAUGAGCAAAGUUUGUAAAAGCAGGCCUUAUAUACUCUGUCGAAGUGCCGUAUGCACGGUAUCUCGCAGGGUACAUGUCUCUGAUUGGCUAGAUAGGUCACAUGACAUCCACAUAUGCGGACGUGGGUGACAACACACAAAUUGGGCGCGCAAAACCAGCGACGCCCGGAAAUUGCUGUCAGUUAUUAUUCCCGCUAGGAUUAGCAUGAAUGACAAAAGUCACCACUUCCGCCCAUACACUGCAGUGCUCACACGUGUGUGGAACGUCCGGGUAGGCUAAUUAGGCAAAUUAGCCUCUUUGUCUAGAACGGUAAGCCAGAUAUUGCUGAGUUGGAGGCCGCUGUCUUGAGGAACAGUGUUAUGUUCCUCAAUCUCCAACGCUUCUCUGACUCUCCGUUGAUACCAGUAGGGGACACGGGUGACCAGUCUACUCUCAUCCCAAAGAAUCCGGUGAUCAUGCGUAUGGGCAUGAUCGAUGAUUGCAGAUUUUUCCCUCUCGUCUCUCCUACCAUGGGCCUUGUGUUCCUUAAUCCGAGUGUUGAAGGAACGACCCGUCUCUCCGAUGUAAACUUUACCGCAUUCACAAGGAAUUCGGUAAACUCGAGGGAGGUCCUUGGAGUUGCGCUUGUCCUUAUGUGUAGUGAGGGCAGAUUGAAGCUUAUUUGAGGAACUAUGACGAACCUCAAUGUCGGCUUCUCUCAAAAUCCUCUGAAUUUUGUGAGAGGCUGCUCCCAGAUAUGGAAGAACGACUCUCGCCUUGGGUUGUCCUGCACGAGGGUUCCGCGAGGGGGGAAGCUCAGUGCAGAUCUUAUGUGAGGGGUAGUUGUUACAUUUCAAAACAAGUUUGAUAUGCUCAAGCUCACCUCUCAGGUGGAUCUGGUCACUAACCUCAUGCGCUCGUUUGACUAACGUCUUGUUGAUGGAUCUCAGCACUGAUGGGUGGUGGAAUGAACGAUAGUUCAAGUAACGAUCAGUGUGAGUAGGUUUCCGAUAAACCUGAUGGGAUAGGGAUCCCUGUGCCGUCCUCGUAAUCUUUGUAUCAAGAAAGGGGAUAGACCCCUCAUUCUCCAUUUCCAUGGUGAACUUGAUACACUCGUGUUGAGAGUUGAGGUGCUGUAAGAAAUUGCUAGUUUCCUCAGCACCGUGUUGCCAAACCACAAAAGUGUCGUCCACAUAUCUAAGCCACACUUUGGGUUUGUGGGUUGCUGACUGGAGAGCCGUCUCCUCGAAAUGUUCCAUGAACAUGUUGGCUACCACUGGGGACAGGAGAGACCCCAUGGCAGCCCCUUCCGUUUGCCUGUAGAAUGUGUCUCUCCAUCUGAAAGAGGUGGAAUUGAGGCACAUCUCAAGCAGGUCAUGGAUCUCUAGAGGAGACAACUGUGUCCUGUCAGGGAGAUUUCUGUCAAAUUUCAAUCUCUCAAGGAUGAUGGCGCAAGCAUCCUUAACUGGUACACUUGUGAACAAUGACUCAACAUCAAAGCUGAUGAGGAGGUCAUUGUUAGAGACGUUCAUCUGACAGAUCUGCUCAACGAAAUGUUUAGAGUUUCUCACGUGAUGCACGCCCUGACCAACAAGAGGCUGUAAGAUGUAAGUCAAAUGCUGAGCCCGUUGUUGAAACGGGAAGGACGGAUCAGUUUCUCAAACUUCCUCACUUGUUUGGACUUAGUUGUCUCAAAAACGAAGUGGCUGGAAGAUUUGAUGAAACGAUCGAUUUUACCCCAGUCCUUGCUCGAGAGCUUUGACUUUAGGUAUUCUUCCGAUGUUUCAACAAAAGGUUGAAGUUGUCUGAGCUGGUUAUGGACGUGUCUGAUCCUCUCUCUGAUGAGACUCUCAGAAGCAUGUCUAAGAACCUGCUCCGCUCGUCUGGAACGGACAGGUGCAUGGAGCACCAAUCCGCGGGGGAUAACCCCUGAAUCCCUGCACCUUUUGAGAAAGGUGAGAUGGUUGACAAAUCUGGCUUCCUUGAUCCUGUUCCGCUGUAGUCUUCUGGUGUGCUGGAACGUCUGCUCCCCGUAGAGACGAAUGAUAUAAUUUCUGAAGGUUUCCAUGGCGAAGAAGAAUAGUGAAGUAGGUUUCACGGUACACCAUGUAUUCUUUCUUGGGCAUAUGUUGGUCCUGAAAAGGACCACCCAAUCUCAAAAAUACUAUCGAUAUUAUAUAUAUAAUCUGUUUAUAAAGCUUGCAAGGAUUUUGCAAUUUUGGAAUGUUCUGUUUCAGAUUUACAUUUCUUGUAUUGUAAACACUUUAUACCAGAAGUGUUUAUUUUUAAAGUCAUAAACAUGUUUAAACGUUUACAAACUGUUACAAAAAAGUGUUUAACAAUAAAUGUGUCAAACCAUUUAUAAAAUGAAUACACUGACGUGUUUAAAGAUUAAACAUGAUGUUUAUAAUCUAAACAUGUGUAUAGAUGUGGUGUUCAUAAAAGUGUUCUGGUGAAGUGUUCAUGAACGUGUUUAAGUGUUUAUGAAAGUGUUCUGGUGAAGUGUUUAUAAACAUGUUUAAGUGUUUAUGAACGUGUUCUGGUGGUGUGUUUAUGAACGUGUUUAAGUGUUUCUGAAAGUGUUCAUCAUAGUGUUUAUCAAUAAUAAAUAAAUGUGUUUAUGUGUUUAUAAAGUAUUACAGAUAAGUGUUUAAGAAAGUGUUCAAAAGCUAAACACUACGUAUUACAGUGUAAUGUUAGCAAGUAGACAAAACUUGUUUUGGGGGUCAUAUUCUGGCAACAACUUGUUCAGGGGCCAAAAUGUGUAAUUGAAGCAAGCGGAAAACGUGUUUAAGGGGUUAUUUUGCACACAGAGAAACACUCGUUUAGGGGGUGUUUGGAAAUAAUUUAGUCAGGCAUGUGUACAGCAAUACAUUUGACUGCCCCCCCCCCCCCGGGACAAUUGAUUGUUAAAUACAUUGUGCCGUCAAAUGUAACAGUUUUGUAUUAAAAAACGGCCACAACAGUUUGAGACCACAAAAUAAAUAUGGCAGACAAUGUACAUGACAUGAGUUGUGAACUCACUCUGAAAAUUAUUGUCCAGCAGUAGCCUAAAACUUGCUGAUAAAGAUUAAAGAACGUGUUUCUUACCCUGCUACUGAUAAACCAUGGACCCUACUAGAACCUGCGGGCAUUGAUUAACUGGAUUUGCCAAAUCAACGAUACGAGCUGGCGGCUCUGAGGAAACUUCAAAGAGCCUCCCCUGUGCCCUAUCCUGUUCAGCUGUUCUAGUAGGAUUCAUGGAUAAACUGAGAGUUGUAAGCGACUGUGCGUAAAAACAAGGAGAAAUUAGGUGAGGUCGCCAAAUACUUCCUUCCCAUGAGACAUGUGUACUGAGGCAGUAGAUAAAAAAAGAUAAUUCAAGAAUUUAUGUCUUUAUUUAUGUCAA